AACCGAAUGGGUCCAAACGUCGAAGGUCCUGGUCCAAUGGUUGGUCCGUCCGUACCGACCAUGGUGAACAUCGGUCCUCAUGGACCUUUUGGACCCAUUGGACCGUUCGGACCUCAAUAA